UUUUACUUUUCUUGACUUCUCAUAUGGAACCACCUCCAGCAACAAACGGACCUGUUAUUGCAGGUUACUUUGCUAAUUGGGGAAUCUACGAUAGAAAAUACAAUGUUGUUGAUGUAGCUACUCAAGUCAAUAAGUUGACUCAUAUUCUGUAUGCAUUUGCUAAUGUCCAACCGGAUGGUCAAGUUGUUCUUGGGGAUGCUUAUGCAGAUAUUGAAAAGCAUUUUCCAGCAAACCAAUCAGUGAACCGAAAAGAAGACGGAUGGAAUGAUCCAGGCAAGAACCUUUACGGCAACUUUAAGCAGUUCUAUUUACUCAAGCAACAACACCGCCACCUGAAAGUGUCACUUAGUAUUGGCGGAUAUACAUGGUCUACUCACUUUGGCGCGGUUGCGCGUGAUCCUCAGAAACGCAGACUAUUUGUAGAGAGCAGCAUCAAACACCUAGCCAACUUGGGUUUGGACGGACUUGACAUUGACUGGGAGUAUCCCAAAGAUGACGAGGAAGCGUUUCAUUAUGUACAUCUGCUCUAUGAGUUGCGACUGGCGCUUGACAAAUACCAACAACAGUGCCAUCAACUGAAUCAGUCGCGAUUAUUACUUACAGUAGCCGUGCCUUGCGGUCCCGACCAUUAUCGCAAAUUGAGAUUGACCGAAAUGCAGCCUUACGUGGAUCUAUUUUACCUCAUGGCAUACGACUAUGCUGGCUCAUGGGAUUCUGUCGCAGAUCAUCAAGCGGCUGUUUAUGGUGGCAGAUUGAAUACAGAACAAGCAGUACAGCACUAUAUCGCUUGCGGUAUCCCUCCACAUAAGCUAGUCGUCGGUAUGCCUUUAUAUGGUCGAGGAUUUUGCAAUACGGCGGGGCCGGGUCAUCCUUUCCAAGGACUGCCUCGCGGUACCUGGGAAGAGGGUCAAUUUGAUUAUAAGACAUUACCAAAACCGGGUGCUGUAGAAUACCACGACUUUGAUCGACUAGCCUCAUGGUCUUAUGACCCUCAGGCUCGUGAAUUUAUCACAUAUGAUACACCUCAGAUGGUUGCUGCAAAGUGUAAUUACAUACAACAAAGACGGUUGGGCGGUGCCAUGUUUUGGGAACUAAGUGCGGAUUGUCCUCAGAGAAGUCUGGUCAAUGCGGCCUAUGACGGCUUAGGAAGGCGGUUAGAUCAGGUACCUAAUCACUUAGAUUAUCCAAUGAGUGAAUAUGACAAUGUACGAAACGGUAUGAAAUAAAGUAUCCAUUUUGACAGAUGAUUCUCAAAAGAGACCUGUUAUUACACUUUAUUCGCACAUUGAUAAAAUAAUAAGGC